AUGGUGUUCAAAAUGUUCCAAAAGAGUGUCAAUAUCUGGGUGGACUCAUACAUUCAUUACCAAAAACAAUUUGAUAGAGUCACUAGUCUUCCAACUGGUGUCAGCCCAAAAUUCUCUUACAGCAAUCCAGAAAACUUUACAACAACUGAUCAGCUACUUUCAGUACCAAGCCAUGAUCUUGACUUGCUCUCAGAACAACUAUACCCCAACGAGGAGGAAUUAUUUCAACAUACACCACACAAGUUUAAUGAAGAGUUGCUUCACAAGUUGUGGACCAGCUUGGUUUAG